CACCAAACCAACUUCCAAUUCCACCUUCCGCAACCGCCAAAGAUGGGUUUCAUCGAGGACGAGCUCAAGCAGCUUAAGGAUGUCAUCAGCACCAUCGACACGCGCAUUAAGAAGCUCGAGGCGCGAGCCACCGGCGGUCCUGUCUCUACCGACGAGAUCCGAAUGAUUCUCAUCGGUCCUCCUGGUGCUGGCAAGGGUACUCAGGCCCCCAAAAUCAAGGAGCGCUUCUCGUGCUGCCAUCUGGCUACUGGUGACAUGCUGCGAUCUCAGGUCACUAAGAAGACCCCUCUCGGUGUUGAGGCCAAGAAGAUCAUGGAUGCGGGCGGUCUGGUCAGCGACGAGAUCAUGAUUGGCAUGAUCAAGGAGGAGCUCAACAACAACAAGGAGUGCCAGGGCGGCUUCAUUCUCGACGGUUUCCCCCGAACUGUCCCCCAGGCCGAGGGUCUCGAUGCCAUGCUCGCAGAGCGCAAGCAGAAGCUCCAGCACGCCGUCGAGCUCCAGAUCGACGACUCUCUGCUUGUUGCCCGUAUUACUGGCCGAUUAGUCCACCCCGCUUCCGGCCGCUCAUACCACACCACCUUUAACCCUCCCAAGGAGUACAUGAAGGAUGACAUUACUGGCGAGCCUCUUAUCCAGCGAAGUGACGACAAUGCCGAUGCUCUCAAGAAGCGCCUUGUUACCUACCACAAGCAGACCAAGCCUGUUGUGGGCUAUUACCAAAAGACCGGUAUCUGGAGCGGCCUCGACGCCAGCCAAGAACCUGGUCAAGUGUGGAAGAACAUGCUCAAGGUUCUUAACGAGAAGCGAGGACAGAACUAGAGAGUCCCUAAGGCGGGUAAACCGCUAACGGCCGCCUUUGAUUUGGCAGGUACCAAGACGAUUACUGUGUGAAAAUAAAAGCCAGCUCGUCUUGGAUAUAUGAACGGUAUGAAAUGUAAACUGGGGAGGCGGACGGGAGAAUGGACAAUCCUAUCUUCCUGGCCAAAGAGGCGUUAAAAUGGUAGAAGGUUUGUCUGCGGCCUUGUGGCCAUUUGUGGAAAAAGCUACCUACUUUGGACGACGAUUAGCCAUGUAUCAAAAUGUCUUUUACAAUAGUUUCCAACCAACAAAAAGAAAGUUGGCUUACAAGCGUUAA